CAGCUUCUAGAAUGGUAGUAAAUGUAGAACUCCUUAUUACAGAACCAUGAAAAGCAAUUCUGAAAUAAUUAUUCAUUAAUAACAAAAUGUAAUAAUACAGUACCUAUCAUUCCUUUACACAAGAGCUGGCCAUCUUUUCUUAAUUGCCAGUAUGUCAUUCAUAAAGAACUAACACAAAGCUUCCAGGUAAACCUUAUUCUAAAGUGUUGUAAUUAUUCACACUGAAUGGAAACUACUGUGCAAACCCCAACAUACCAGCAACCAGCUGAUUGUUGGUAUGACAGUGACUGUAGGCUGAACUUCCCUAUUUUGCUUCUCAGUCUCUAAAAUCCUCUGAAGCAGCCUUUACACACAGAAGCUUUACACACAGAAAAGAUGAUUGGCCUUAAAAGAUGCAUCUACUUUUUCCAAAACCUAUGGGUUUGUCGGAGAGCAGUUACCACCAUAAAAACCACCCUGGAAUUUUGCUGGAAUGCUUAUACCAAGCCUAAACCUGAUAGCUGUACAGAGGGUCUGACAUUGCUGUUAUUAUGCUUCAUUAUUGCUGUGGCAACAGGUGGUCUCUUCUUCCAGUGGCUGUCUAAAACCUUACAAUAUGGCCUCUGUGCUUCCAGUGUAACAACAUGGAUAUAUAGCACAGCCAUCUUCCUUGUCCUGUCACUCGUUCACCCUGCCCGCUGUGUGUUUACUGUAAUAUUGCCCUGUUUGGGCACCAAGAAAGGCCGCAGAUUAAUCAUCUCCACCUCCAUCAUGCUCUUGGUCCUCAAUGUUAUCCCCAAUAUCGCCAGGAACGUUAAUGUCAUCGCGCGCAUUUUGAGAUGCACUUCCGUCGCCCUCACAGAGAGCCUCAUCAACUCCUCGCAGCUGGUGAACGAAGCCAAAGAAGAGCUCAUCCAAAGGAUCAUCCAGGCCAGGAAAAAUGAAAUCACGUUCGUAAAGAGCCUGACACAUUUUGACACUCGCACAAGGAUUAAUGUGUCUGAGGUCCAGCAGCAGUUCAAUCUUGUGAGCCAGAAGAUUGAAGGCGACUUUUCCUGGGUUAAAAUGUUGGUCGAGGAAACCCUCCUCCAGGCUAAUAGGCUCCUCGCUGCCAUGUUUGUCAUUUGCCUGGUAACCAGUUCAACCUGGUACCUGAAAGCGUAUCUGACGGAUGUGAGGUUUGACAAUGUCUACAUCACCAGGCAGCUGGAGCGGUUGGCACGACGGAACGGGAUAGAGAUAUUACCCGGCGAUGCUAAAAAACUCAUCAGCUCCAGAGGCUGCAGAAUGUCCCAACAGGAAUUCCUGAGAUGUGUUCCCUAUCUGCUGGUGAUCACUUCAUAUUUAAUCCUCACUCUCGUGGUCAUUGCUGUAGAUCACAUGGUUUUUCACUUCAUUGUUGCCGGUGGGCUCUGGUUAUCAGGCGAUCCAUAUGUGACAGCCACCAUCGAUGUAAAGUACACAGUUCGGAGGAUUACACCGAUCUGCAGCUUAUUUCACUCAAGUUGUGAUGAGGAGAUCUUACGUCAUCAGAAGCCAUAUCACUGGAGUUUCAACCUGGUGCCUGGGCGCUGUGUCAUAGAGCCAUCCAAACCGGACAGCGGUGUGGUCCUACAGCUCGGGCUCCUAUACCUGAUGGCCUACAUCCUGGUGGUCUUCGAGGUCUACAUCCGACGGGUUCGCCGGAGAGUCUCGGCGUCCUUCUUCAAGAGGCAGGAGGAAAGGAGAAUCGUUUUCCUUUAUCGAAAAAUAGUGGCCAAGCAGGAGAAGAAGAGGACUGGUGUUUUUUUUGUGAAAGUCUCUGAGGGGAAAGCGUAGCCUGACCAGUGCUUCAAACUUUAAAAAGGGCCAUUCUGAAACUGGAAAAAAAACAACAACGAUAAGUUCCAGGAUUGCAAUAACAAUAUCAUUAUUUUUUUAAUAAAAAAAUUUUGAAGCUGCCAGUAUGAUCAGAUUCCAAUUUUACCUUGAAAAUAUUGAAAGCACUUUAAAGGUAUAUUUAAAUUAGCAUCCAAGUAAGUAACCUGGGUUAUUUCGAUAAAUUGUGCAAUAUCAAAGGGAGUAUUUUAUUGCUCCUUCGAAACACAAUCAUACAGUAAGACCAUACAGUGGUCCAGACCAUAAGUAUCCAUAGAUCCCUGGCAAGCACAACAUGCUGUAAUUGUUUUCAUUAAUAGUAACACCAAUAAGGGACAAAUACAAACUGCAAACAAAAUAUCAAAGUGCUGAAGUGUCUUUGUCACCAUAUCAAACUUUAUUUCUUCUGUUGAUUUUUGAAUAAAAGUGAGGCAGCAA